AUGUUUUUGAGACUGACUGAUCUCGCCAAGGGUCUUCUGAGCGGUGGUGUCUCAGCAGGAAACAGUAAUGCACUCACCAAUUCGAAGGGUGGUGACCAUUACUACGCAAGAGGCAACAUCACCGACCGUGGCCCCUGUCCAGAUUUGAACGCUCUGGCAAACCAGGGUUAUCUGUUCGUUAACCAAAGAUCUCAUCUGCGACCAAUACUGACACACACAGCNCCUCGCGACGGCAAAAACAUCACUAUGCCUCAAGUCGAAGAAGCUCUGAUGGCAGCUUUGCAUAUGGACAAGGCAUUAGCAACAGCCAUAACAAACGCUCUCCGGUCUCUUGUUCGCAAAGACGGGACCUUUGAUCUGGUCCUUAUGCGCCAGCAUAAUGUCAUCGAACACGAUGCCUCCUUCACCCGCUUGGACUUCCGCGAAGGCGACAACUACAACUUUCAACCUACUCUUUUCCGCAAAAUGCUCGAUGAUGCCAACGGCGGUCCUGUUACCAUCAGCAGUCUAGCUCGCACAUACGUGAGGAGAAACAAGGAGAGUAGAGAUGCAGGUGCUCCUGCUCUACCUUGGAACCUUUGGUUUGUCAAUCUUUUGCAGAGUGUGAGUUUGAUGAACACAGCAAAGAUGAGUGGAGAGUUGAGCAGAGAAGUCAUGACGACUUUCUAUGAGGAAGAGAGGUUUCCAGAGCAGAUUUUGGAGAAUGGGGAAAGCAGGACUUUGAUCGGGUUGGUAGGGUACGCGGUGGCUUUGCUGUUCUGUAUCGUGUUGAGAAUCUGA